GCGCCACCUGACCUACCUGCCUUGAAAGUGAGGCAUUGUAGGUACUGUAUGCCAGUCACGAUGAACAUAGUCUACGUCGCUGUGGUGCUAGCGUCGUUGAUGCAGUUGUCAUCAGCGUUAGAGUGUGUCAGCUGUGAGAACGCCACCUGUAUCCCCCCACCCCCGACAUGUGAGAUUGGUCAGCGGCCGUGUUCCUGUUGUUUGGAAUGCAGAGUUGGACUUGGAGGCGAAUGUGGACCAUUCUCAGUCGAAUGUAAUGCCAAUUUAGUGUGUCUGACUAACAACGGCGCCUACAACGGUCGUCCCCCUUACUGGACCGGUCUCGUGGGGAAAUGCAUACUACCCUCGGGCCUCCUGCCAUCUACUGCUACGCCGUCACAAAUCAUACCAACGUUGCCAAAGUUAUUGACGAAAAAUGUCGGCUAGUGGGAAAGAAAUCAAUCCUUCUAUUUUUAAACAUGUUUGUAUAUGGUGAAAGAAUAAAGAGAAUGCUCUAAUACUA